AUGAUGUCUUCCAAGUCCUCCCCGGACAGAUCUCUCCCGCCUCCACAGGAACACAAGCCCAGUCAGUCGCCCAAGAAUAAUGGUGCUUCACCUCGAACAAACGCACUGGGCCCAGUGGUCGUCUUCAUCGCCCGAGCCACCGACCUCAACGACCACCAUUACCCAGGUGCAGUCCUCGACCAAGACCAGAUGCACGAAUACCUGCGCAACCUGCUGGUGAUCACUUCAUCCGAGCACCGCAAGGUCUACGGCAGCCUCGGGGCGCGCCCUCACAAAAUGCAGACGAUCAUCCAUCCAGCAAAUAGCAAGCUUUCAGUUCUCAGCCGGAUCACCAAGUUCCUGGCUGCUGCACUCGAGGAGGCUCGCGAAACAAAGUCCGGGUGCAUUUUCGUUCUCUACAACUGGGAUGGCUGGACGACCGACCACGUUACCAUGACUGAGAUGUGCGAACAGUUUAAGGAUGUGCCUUUUACUUUCCACGUUUAUGCGAAUGGCCAUGGAGUUCCACGCGAGUUCUUUGAAGCUAAUGCCCACAAGGUCAAUGCAUACUUCCGUCGUCGGAUUCGCCUUGAUGACGAUUCUAUCGCCCAGGAUCGCCACACAUUUUUGUUCAUUAAGAUGAUCGAGGCGCUGAACAUGAUCCAUCUUUCUUUCCCUCCUACGCCUGACCAGAAGCAUGAGCUUGCGAAAUAUGACGCUCGGCUGGCUUGA